AAAUAGUAUUUAUUAUUUUUUCUAAAUAUGAUCAUAUAUAUAUAGUGGGCGCACACACAAGUUCUUCAUAUACUAGAAAAUAAGCCGGCCUGUAUAAUGGCAUUGUUUCUCGUUUUAGUUGUUAGUUUGUGCAUAUCAUGUUGCAGAGUCGGUGGUUACGUAUCAGAUAUCAUUGUGCAUCAAGUGGACAAUGAUUUUGAUUGCGUUGAUAUGUACAAGCAGCCUACUCUUCAACACCCCUUGCUGAAAAAUCACAAAAUACAGUUGAACCCAACCUUCACAAGAAACACCGUGCAAAGGAGAUCAUCAUCUUUUAUCAAUAAAGUUAUUGGAGGAUGUCCAAUAGGAAAAGUUCCUAUUUACAAAAAGAGAGUGCGACAUCAAAAUAUUAUUAAUGCGUCAUCAAAAUUACAAACCGAAGAUUUUCACCAGGAUUAUGAACAUUACAAUAGUGACCAUGUAAGUGAUAUUUUUGCUACUCUCGAUACAACUCAAAGCACGACAUUUCAUGGAGCAUCUGCAAUCAUAGGUUUAUAUAAUCUAUCACUUCAAGGAAAUCAAUUUAGCUUAUCUUCAAUCCGAAUUGAAAGCGGUCCACCAACAGAGAUUAAUAUCAUACAAAUAGGAGUCGGGGUUCAUCCAAAGUUAUACGGAGAUAGUCAGCUACGAAUAACGGCUCUAUGGACCGUAGAUAGUUACUAUAAAACUAGAUGUUACAAUUAUGAAUGUCAAGGUUUCGUGCAAGUCAAUCAAAACAAGUCAUACACACUUGGAAAUGUGAUUUCACCUUCGAAUUCCAUUGGAUCAACCGAAAAAUAUGCUCUUGGAGUCAAGAUCAAACAAGACCCAUCUACAGGUCAUUGGUGGUUAUUUUUGGAUCGUGACGAAAUCCAAGUUGGAUAUUGGCCAAAAGAACUAUUCAAUCACUUGAGUAUAGGUGCGUCCUUGAUUAGAUUUGGCGGUGAAACUUAUGCUCCACCUAAUAUAGAUAAUCCUUCAAUGGGUAGUGGGAGAUUGCCACAAGAAGGAUUUAAAAACUCAAGUUUCAUGGGAAGACUUGAGAUUAUUGAUUCAAAGUAUAGUGAAAUUAGUGUUAAUCCUGAACAUAUGAAGAAAUAUAGUGAUGCUAAUUCUAAUUGUUAUGACUUGUUGUACCAUGGUUAUGAAGGAGUAGUGUAUCGGCAAGCUUUUCUUUAUGGUGGACCAGGUGGAUUGAGUGGACAAUGUGAUAUAUGACUGUAACAACAAAUUUAUUUAAUAAAAGAUUAGUUGAUCCUUGAGAGAGAUUAAUUUCAA